UACAAUCAGUUGAGAAAUGUUUCUGGAAUACAUAAGUGGAAAGGUCAGUUGUGCAAACUGCUCAUUUGAUAAAUGCUAAGAUGUUGGGCAUUAAUUCUAGCCAGCCUGUGUAAGCCACUUAGAACUUCAAAUGAAAGAAUAAUUAUUUUUGUAAUACUGUACUUUUCUAAUUCUUUUUAUACAUCCAAAGGAUUUGUUUUCCCAUUUAGUUUCCAAACUUAGAAAAUCUGAGUGAUUAAUGGAUUGUUAAAAAGUAAGAUGCUUAAGAAGUUAUUACUCUCGUUUUAUUACCACUGCAAAAUCAACAAAAAACUUCUAAGGCAUUCUGGGGAUGGGGCGGGGUGUGUUUUAAAUUUUUCUCCAUUAUGGUAAUAAGUAUUUUGGAUGUCAUUUUAUACCUAGAGAUGUUGAGUGGUCUGUUGCCUCCUGGUUUGAAUGAAAGUUACAUUGAUACAAGUUCUGGUGAUGAAGAAACAUUGGAGGGUCCUGUACCCAUAUUAAAAAAGGAAACAGAACAAAAAGAUUUCAGAAGAGCUCAAACGUCUGACUUCAAGACUGCUUCAGCCAUGGCAGAUGAGAUACAGGAAUUCCAAAAAUGUCCUUCUGGAAUUUCUUUAGAUAUGUGGAAUAAAUUUCAGAAUUUGCAACAGAAAAACUUGGAAAUGAAAGUGCAGACAAAUCAGAAAGAAAGAGGACAAAAGAGGGAGCGUUCUACAAAAGUUAAACUGAAAACAGAUAAUAAAGAAGAAAGUCAACAAUCCGCAAAUGAAAGCCAGUUAAGAGAGCUCACUCAGUAUUUUGGAAUCAACGCUAGAUUUGAAUUGCUUGCCAGCAAGGAAGGCACUCUAAAGUCUGGCCUUGAAAUCAGCAUAGACAAAGCUGUAGCUGACAGAGAUAUUGCACAGGCUGACGAGCUAAGUGAUAGAUUAGCUACUCGAGAGCUUGUAGUGAAAAUUGCCAAAGCUGUUGCCUGUCAAAAUUUUACUGACAUGGACAGAGACGAUGAGCAUGUAGAAUACCUGCAUAUCUCCCUUCAGGAAGAACAGGUGGAAGGACAUUAA